AUUCACCAUCAACCUCGUCCUCAUCCGUACGUUUUCAACUCCUUCUAUUCCCCCAUAUAUGUGUGUGUUAGUGUGUACACUCUUCCACUACCUACCUUUCUUGGGUUAAUUCAGACUUUAUAAGAAAGAGAGUUCAUCAGGCGUCUGUGUACACCAUAUAUAAUCGCUUAAUUACUUGUCCCUCUCUUUCACCAUCUUCCUCUCUCUUGUUUUCAACUUCCGUUUCGAUCAGAGGGGGGGAAAAGUCAAAGAAAAGAAAAAAGGGGGUCUUCGUGAUCCAGUUAUUAUUAUCAUUUAUCAUAUCGUAACUUGCAAUUAUGGAUAUGUACCAAUUGCAACAAUUUCCACAGCCCAUGACAAAGAUGGAUACGAUGAUGAGAAAGAGGGAGGGGAGCAAAGGCACCGAGAAAGCAAGGCUUCAAGUUCUGGAUUUGAGUUGCUUGUCUUUGGACUCUCUUCCCAAACCUUCGUUUGAUUUAGCGACCAUUUGCAUGUUGAACCUAUCCAAUAACAAUCUCCAGGAAAUUCCGGAAUCCUUAACGGCGAGACUACUCAACUUGGAGGUCUUGGACGUGUGCUCCAAUCAGCUCAGGUCCCUCCCCAAUUCCAUUGGUUGCCUCUCUAAGCUCAAGGUUUUGAAUGUCUCUGGAAAUUUCAUCGAAUUCCUCCCCAAAACCAUUGAGAAUUGCAGAGCCUUAGAAGAACUGAAUGCCAACUUCAACAAGCUGAGCAAGCUGCCAGACACAAUAGGUUUUGAGCUCAUAAACCUCAAGAAGCUAGCAGUGAACUCCAACAAGCUAGUGUUUCUUCCUAGCUCCACCUCACACCUAACAGCUUUGAAGGUUCUUGAUGCACGUUUGAAUUGCCUCAGGGCUCUUCCCGAGGACCUUGAGAAUCUCAUCAACCUUGAGACUCUGAAUGUGAGCCAAAAUUUCCAGUACCUUGAGUCCCUCCCCUACUCCAUAGGUCUCCUCUUGUCCCUGGUUGAAUUAGACGUUAGCUACAACAAGAUCAAGACCUUGCCUGAAUCAAUUGGAUGUCUCAAGAAGCUACAGAAGUUAAGUGUGGAAGGAAACCCACUUAGUUGUCCUCCAGUGGAUGUGGUAGAGCAUGGACUGCAUGCGGUGAUGGAGUAUAUGUGUCAAAAGAUUAACUCAAACCAUCAAAGCCCAACCAAGAAGAGGUGGUGGGUGGGGAAAUUGGUGAAAUGUGGGACCUUUGAUAGACCAAUGAAAAGUGGGAAACGAGAACAUGCUGGUUACAAGAUGCUUCAGUUUCAGUCUAUCAAUGGUCUUGCUUCCCCAGGCUUCAUGGGAAAGCUCUCACCUCUUCGCCUCUUCUCACCCCGUCGUUCCUUCAGUUGAGAAGCAACAAAGUAUUUAUGUAAGUCCCUGUCUGUUGAAAACAAUCUAAAAGUGUGAUAAUUACCAAUCGAAGUAACUGCUGCUUAGGUUAGGUUGUAUGCGUGUAUGUAAAAUACUAGAAUGUAUCAUUGAAUGGAAACGAUGGUGAGUUUGUCAAACUUUGAAUAUUUGUUCAAGUCAAUUUCUUCUGAAGAUAAAUGAAUAGCUGUUAACAAGUUAAAUGAGCGAGUCUAGUUUCUUUUCGGUUCUUGGAUCUUGUACAACUUGUGGAUCUUAUGGUCUAAUUGACCCGCACUCUUUUAUUGUAUUUAUUCCUAAUUUGUUAUUGAAGUUUGCGAUUGC